ACGCACUGAUUUAUCGGGAGAGAAGGAAACAGUAGACAACGGAGAGGAGGACACGAAGCUCACGGAAAGGAAUCGAAACUGUCCUGGCGGAACUGGGUUAUCUAAAUCCGGAUUUUCAAACGUAAUACUUAGAGGAACUGGAUUCAUAGUUGCCCAGCUCGUAAAAUUAAUUGGAAUUAAUUAUUUCUGCCGGGUAUAAACGCGUUUAAAGCAAGGAGUUUAAAGUUCCCCGGUCUCCUGAAGUCCACUACCCUUCUGUAACCGCUAGGCUGGUGGUGACGCGGCUCAACCGAGAAAUCCAUAACAUACAACGGAGAACCAAGCAAGAGGAAAUACUGUUCGGGGAUCAAGUUUUUUCUACCAUUGUCAUUGAAAAUGUGUCUUUGACCGCGAACGGUGGAUUACUGGCCCAUUUCGGUGGUAGUCUAACAAGAAUAUUUAACUUUUUGACGCUUGGUAGCUAGUAGUAGUAGCAGGCUAAACAUCCCCAUAGCUAACGUUAACGAAUUAGCUAGCGGCUGGCUAUCGUUACAUCAGUUAGCUAGGUAGCAAUCUACACUUUGCCUUUUUAUCUGUGGAAUAUUUUAUCACAUACAUAGCUAGUAAGUUUGCAAACAACCUCUUUAAUUUUGGCAGUAUGCGUGGUUGUGUUUCUUGCGGAAAACGAGCUAACUGGUGUUUUCAUAAAACGUUGUAACGUUAGCUAGCUUAAUGUUUUUAUCCUUAGGAAUAUCUGGAGAACUAGCUAGCUAGCUGGACAGCUAGCGAAUGUUAGUUAGCAUUAGCCAGAACUCUCGGGAUAUCCUCCGCUGUGCGUUGAUGGUGCGGCCUUUGGAUUUUUUCUUCAUUCUGGACCAUUUUUUUGUGUUGUAUUUGAUCUAUUUUUGUGGAUUAUAUAUUUUUGGAUGGCCUGGAGAACACAUGACUGCACUUUAAACAUUUUGUACCGUCGCAUUUCGCUUGCUUGCUUGCAGGCUCUAACCACAAACCUAGUUAACUAGCUAGCUAGCUAAAUAGUUUGCUGGCUAACGACACAGAAGGAAAAGGACUUCACAUAGGCAAAUAACAUAUUUCCUCUCACCCUACAAGAUGAUGUGCGAGGUGAUGCCCACGAUUAGCGAGGCGGAGAUCCCGCCGGGCGGCGCCGGAGGGCGGGGCUCGACGUCGCCGCUGCAGUCGGACUCGGACGGGCACUUUGAGUCGCUGAUGGUGUCCAUGCUGGAGGAGCGGGACCGGCUGCUGGACACGCUGCGGGAGACCCAGGAGAACCUGGGCCUGACCCAGGGCAAGCUGCACGAGGUCAGCCACGAGAGGGAUGCCCUCCAGAGGCAGCUCAACACCGCGCUGCCCCAGGAGUUCGCGGCGCUCACCAAGGAGGUGAACAUGUGCAGGGAGCAGCUGCUGGAGCGGGAGGAGGAGAUCUCCGAGCUGAAGGCCGAGCGGAACAACACGCGGCUGCUCCUGGAGCACCUGGAGUGCCUGGUCUCUCGACACGAGCGCUCGCUGCGCAUGACGGUGGUGAAGCGGCAGGCCCAGUCCCCCGCCGGCGUGUCCAGCGAGGUGGAAGUCCUCAAGGCCCUCAAGUCUCUAUUCGAGCACCACAAAGCCCUGGACGAGAAGGUAAGGGAGAGACUGCGGAUCGCCCUGGAACGGUGCAGCGCACUAGAAGAGCAGCUCACGUCUUCUCAGAAAGAGCUGGUUUAUCUGAGGGAGCAGAACAUCUCUAAGAAGCUGUUGGUUGAUGGAGCGGUAGAAAUCAACCAUGAUGGGGAGAAUACUCCGAGCACCAAUGGCAAGCGGUCCUCGGACGGGUCUCUGAGCCACGAGGAGGACGUGGCCAAAGCCCUGGAGCUGCAGGAGGUGAUUGACAGGCAGAGCCGGGACCUGUGUCAAAUGAAGGAGAGGCUGGCCGCACUCUCGGGCCGGGUAGCCGAGCUGGAGGAGGACCUGGACACUGCCCGCAAAGACCUCAUAAAGUCUGAGGACAUGAACACCCGGUUGCAGAGGGACAUCCGUGAGUCCAUGGCCCAGAAGGAAGACAUGGAGGAGAGGAUCACCACGCUGGAGAAACGCUACCUCGCCGCGCAGCGCGAAGCCACGUCCGUGCACGAUCUCAACGACAAGCUCGAGACCGAGAUCGCCAACAAAGAGUCCAUGUACAGGCAGACUGAAGAUAAGAACAGGCAGCUACAGGAGAGGCUGGAGUUGGCCGAGCAGAAGCUGCAGCAGACCAUGAGGAAGGCGGAGACCCUGCCCGAGGUGGAGGCCGAGCUGGCCCAGCGGGUGGCGGCGCUCACCAAGCCAGACCGCUCACUGUGUGCUGACUCCAGCCUUAAGGAGGCUGUGUCGCAGAGGAAGGCCGAGGAGAGGCACGGGAACGUGGAGGAGCACCUGAGGCAGCUGGAGGCCCACCUGGAGGAGAAGAACCAGGAGCUGCUGAGGGCGCGGCAGCGGGAGAAGAUGAACGAGGAGCACAACAAGCGGCUGUCGGAGACGGUGGACAAACUGCUGUCCGAGUCCAACGAGAGGCUGCAGCUCCACCUGAAGGAGAGGAUGUCCGCUUUGGAGGAGAAGAAUUCCCUCAUCCGAGAACUGGAACACACGAAGAAGCUGAUUGAAGAAGCGCACCAUGAGAAGGAGCAGCUCCUCAUCGAGAUGGAGACGGUGCGGGCGGAGAGCGAGCACGGCAGGAACAGGAGCAACUCCCUGCUGCAGCACGGGCGCUCCCCCCUGGGCAGCACCCCGGACUUCCGGUACCCGGUCUCGGCCUCGUCCAUGAUGGAGAACCACGCGGACAUCUACAACAGCGCCCUGGUGCUGCGGCGGCCGCAGAAGGGCCGCGUGGCCGCGCUCAGGGACGAGCCCUCCAAGGGACACCAGAAACAUGUACAGACGCUGAACGAGCAGGAGUGGGAGCGCGUGCAGCAGGCCAACGUGCUGGCCAACGUGGCCCACGCCUUCGAGAGCGACGUGGACAUCUCGGACAUUGAGGACGACCGCGAGACCAUCUUCAGCUCGGCGGACCUGCUCUCCCCCGCCGGCCAGGCCGACGCCCAGACGCUCGCCAUGAUGCUGCAGGAACAGCUGGACGCCAUCAACACCGAGAUCAGGAUGAUCCAGGAGGAGAAGGACAGCGCGGCGCAGCGGGCGGAGGAGCUGGAGAGCCGCGUGGGCGGCGGGGACUCCCUGGGGGGGCACUUCCGCUCGCUGGGCUCCCUCCCCCCGCCCUUCGCCGGCUCCUCCCUGGCCGGCUCCUCGCCCCCCGGCUCCGGAACCUCCACGCCCCGGCGGGCGAACCGCAGCCCCAGCCGCGAGGUGGACCGCAUGGGCGUCAUGACCCUGCCUAGUGACUUACGGAAACACCGCAGGAAGUCUGCGCAGGAUGACAAAGCUACAAUAAAGUGUGAGACGUCGCCUCCUUCAACCCCGCGCACCAUGAGACUCAACAAGGGAGCCGUUCACGCCGCCAGCCACGAAGACAUCCGGGAUAUCAGGAGCUCUGGCGGCUUUCAGGACGGCCAGGGCAGCAACCCCAGCAGCAGCAACAGCAGCCAGGACUCGCUCAACAAGGCCGCCAAGAAGAAGGGCAUCAAGUCCUCCAUCGGGCGCCUCUUCGGAAAGAAGGAGAAGGGCCGGCCCGGCCCCCCCGGCAAGGAGUCCCCCAGCCAAGCAGGUACCCCUGAAGCUGAGAACUCUGCCCAGGAUGCCUUAGGACUUGGCAAACUGGGAGGCCAGGGGGAGAAGAACAGGAAACUGCAGAAAAAUCCCAAAAGCGGGCACGAGCUCCUGGACGAGGCGCGGAGGCUGGGCCUGCCCUUCGCUCAGUGGGACGGGCCCACAGUGGUGGUAUGGCUGGAGCUGUGGGUGGGCAUGCCCGCCUGGUACGUGGCGGCCUGCCGGGCCAACGUGAAGAGCGGCGCCAUCAUGUCGGCGCUGUCCGACACGGAGAUCCAGCGGGAGAUCGGCAUCAGCAACCCGCUGCACCGGCUCAAGCUGCGCCUGGCCAUCCAGGAGAUCAUGUCCCUGACCAGCCCCUCGGCCCCGCCCACCUCCCGCACGUCCACGGGCAAUGUGUGGGUCACGCACGAAGAGAUGGAGAGCCUCGCGGCCACGCCUCAGACGGAGGAUGAGGAGGGUAGCUGGGCCCAGACGCUGGCGUACGGCGACAUGAACCACGAGUGGAUCGGCAACGAGUGGCUGCCCAGCCUGGGCCUCCCGCAGUACCGUAGCUACUUCAUGGAGUGCCUGGUGGACGCCCGCAUGCUCGACCACCUGACCAAGAAGGACCUGCGCGGCCAGCUCAAAAUGGUGGACAGCUUCCACAGAAAUAGUUUCCAGUGUGGUGUGAUGUGUCUACGGCGGCUAAACUACGACAGGAAAGAGCUGGAAAGACGGCGAGAACAAUCCCAAAUGGAAAUGCAAGAUGUGUUGGUGUGGAGCAAUGAGCGGGUGAUAAACUGGGUGCAGUCCAUCGGACUGAAGGAGUACGCCAACCACCUGCUGGAGAGCGGGGUGCACGGAGCCCUGCUGGCCCUGGACGAGACCUUCGACCACAACGCGGUCGCCCUGCUGCUGCAGAUCCCCACUCAGAACAUUCAGGCACGGGCAACCCUGGAGAGGGAGUAUAACAGCCUCCUGGCCCUCGGCACCGAGAGAAGAAUGGAGGAGGAUGACGACAAGAACUUCAGGAGGGCUCCUUCCUGGCGGAAGAAGUUUCGACCCAAAGACAUGAGAGGGAUGACUCCAGGCUCCACGGAGACGCUUCCCGCCAACUUCAGGGUCACAAACACCAUGUCCUCACCAUCUAUGCAGCCAAAGAAGAUGCAGAUGGACGGAGGGGUGUCUGGUACGCAAAGGCUGGACUCCGCUACAGUCAGGACUUACUCCUGUUAGCCCUCCUCUCGUCUACCCCCACUACUUCUAUAGGUGAUUAUGCACCACACAUCCAGCUGAAGAUAUCAACAUUCACUGAAUCAGGAUGGAAUCUUGGCCAUUUGAGGACACUAAAUAUUUAAUUACAGAGAAUAAUAUCGCUGAUCUCCUCAGUACCGUAGAGAAGAUAUUUUAGAUUAUUGUAUGUUUAUUAUAUUUAUGAACGUAUGGGACAUUUCAUUUAUAUAGACUUAAUAUGUAUCGUUUGCCUGUUUUUUUUCCAUUCUGAAUCUUUGUUUCCUCCUUGCAACUUUUCCUGUGCCCUUAUCAAAUGCAAAACACUAUCAGAUGUAAAUGAAUGUAUUACACAUCUGAAGUUUGUAUAUUUAUCUACGAGCAUUAAUCUUUUUUAUACUGCAGAUCUUGUAUUGACCACAGAGAUGUCUGUUUUUAAUAAUGGAAUUUAAUCUAAAGUGACUGCUUUAACACAAACUUUAAAAUCUUUCAGAUUUAUACUUCAUUAUAUAGCUUUUGAUUUUUAGAGUUCGGCUUGAAGGUCAAUAGUAAUUUCUGUAUUCCAGCAUACCGGCACAUUUCUUUAAGUGACAUUGUUUAACAUCGCACUUGAGCGUGCUGGAGACAUUGAGGGUCACGGUCGUGAUAGAAAUGGAGCAUACUCACGGGUUACCGUUUCCCCCAAUGUUCAACACAAACCUCUACAUAUCUUUAAAAAAAAAUUGUGAUACCAAAAGGAAACUUUCAGGAAGCCAUAAGCACUACGAAGGCGGAGACUUGUUUCGGGUGAAUUGAUUGGCUGCCAGGUACUCUGACAAUAAACGCUCUGGCGACCGUAGGAGCCAGAGCACUGCAUUUCUCCCCCUUCCUUUGUUGGAAAUGCUUGCGGCUAGCUGCUAACGCCGUGGCUUUGUUAAAGGACCAAUUCCACUGUGGCCUCAUUUCCUAUGGUGAGUCUGAAGACAGCAGCACAAUUCCUUCAAGAACCUUUGAACACAUUGUAUUACGUCUUUUAAUUAAGCCUUAUUUUUAUUGUUUGUUUUAUUUAUUCUGUGUUGUCUGUCAGUAUUUGUAUAGCAGUUGCCAUUUAUUCAUAUCCAUAUUGUGAUUUCUGGUGCAUUUCUGAAUAUGUUGCUCCAUUGAUAUCAAACACAGGUUUCUCAGUAUUUAUAUGGGUUUAUAAUGUUGAGAAACCUAAGACUCAUGUAAGCUUGGAAGUGGUUUUCUUGCGCGUACAAUAGCCCUUAAUUUCUUUGUGAUUUAGAUAUUUUCGUUGUGGAAACCCGGAUCAUAUCGCUGUCUUUUUGUAACUGUCUUUAGUUUAUCAUUUUAAAUUUCAUGAACUUGUAACAGAAAUUAUGUACAUUUGAACUGUUUAUCACAGUAUUAUUUAUUGCUGACUUUCAAUAAAAUACUGAACUUGUUUUCCACUGCCAAUAAAAAGACUAAGUCUUGGUUUAAAUAAAAUGAAAAAAAAAACUGAA